ACUCAUCGAUCACUUUGAGUCCGUGAGUUGCAGAGACGUUUCCGACCACGUGUCGCCUCAUCGUGGCGACACUUACUCGCUGACAGUGAUAUAAAGUACUUUUAUGAAUUUCAAGUUGCUAGCCAAUCAGGAGCUCCCGCAGUUGCUGUCAACAUCAGCUGUCGUCUGCUACAGCGGGGCGAUUUCUGACAUGUCACACGUAGCUGAUACCUUGUAAACAAUAUAAUUAUGUCAUCUGCAUAUUUGACGGGAGGCAGAUUAAAUGUUGGGCUCAUUCAGGAACAAGCGAGAAAGCGAUUACUUUGCUUAUUGGAAAAGUGCGAUGGCCCGAAGGCUAUUAUAUGGGAUCAAUCGUUGGCUGGACCGAUCGGUCUUGUCGCGAAAUAUAAUUUGCUGGAAGAGUAUGGUGUCGUCAAGAUGUAUCCAUUGUACGGAGGAACUUUGACAAUACCACCCAACAUUGCUAACAUCAUAUUUAUCUCGCGACCACAAUUAGAGCUCAUGGACUUGAUUGCUGAAAAUGUUCAUGGGGAAGAGGGUAAAAGGCCACGUAAAGAAUUUCACUUAUUCUUUGUGCCACGCAAGAGUCUGCUUUGUCAGAAGAAGCUUCAAAAUCGUGGUGUCUUUGGUAGCUUUACAUUAAUAGAAGAAUUUAAAUGCGAUCUUUUCCCAUUUGAUAAUGAUUUACUAUCAAUGGAAUUGAGUGGAUCCUUUAAAGAAUUCCAUCUGGAAAAUGAUCCCACUUGUCUCUAUCAAGUUGCACAAGCCAUACAAGGUUUACAGAAAUUAUAUGGAAAAAUUUCAAAAGUGACAGGAAGAGGGCCAGCUGCUAGUAAAGUUUGGGAAUUAUUAGAGAGAUUGAACAGAGAAGAAGAAGAUAGUAAAGCAAUUUCCACCUCAUCUGCUACUAUUGAACAUUUGUUGUUAUUGGAUCGAUCUGUAGAUUUACUUUCACCCCUAGUCACACAGUUGACGUACGAAGGUCUAAUCGAUGAAAUAUUUGGGAUAAAAUAUAAUACUGUACAAUUACCAGCACGAAAGUUUCAUGAUUCUGAAGAUUCUCCUACAUCAAUAUCAUUAAAUGAAAAGGAACAAAUUAUAUUGAAUUCAGGAGAAGAACUUUUUGCUGAGAUUAGAGAUAAGAAUUUUAAUGGUGUUGGUCCAGUUCUUAGUAAAAAAGCUAAAGUAAUUUCAUCUCAAUUUGACGAGAGACAUGGAGACAAAAGUGUGCAAGAAAUUAAACAAUUUGUUGCAAGGUUACCACACAUGCUAGCAACAAAACAAUCUUUAGCAAGGCAUACCACAAUCGCGGAGAUGAUAAAAGAAGUCACCGACUCGAGCAACUUCUUGGAAUCAUUGCAAAUUGAACAAGAAUUGUUAAAUUGCAUCGACACUGACAAACCAAAUGCAUACAUUGAAGAUAUGAUUGCACAACAACAGCCAUUACUUAAAGUUUUACGUCUUCUUUGUAUCCAGUCAUUAACAAACUCUGGUUUAAAACCAAAAUUGUUAGAUUAUUAUAAAAGAGAAAUAAUUCAUACUUAUGGUUUUCAACAUUUGCCAACUAUAUUAAAUUUGGAAAAGGCUGGAUUGUUAAAACAGCAACAGUCAGUGCGACAAUAUGCGGUUUUGAGAAAAGCAUUAAGGCUCACAGUCGAAGAUGAAAGUGAAAUAACACCGAAAGAUAUCAGUUACGUACAUUCAAUAUACGCCCCACUGAGCGUGAGACUGGCGGAACAACUAGUACAGCCAAGUGGAUGGCAAGGAUUAAACGAUGUGAUGGGAUUACUACCAGGUCCUACUGUAAGCAAUGUUCCAUAUAAUACAUCCUUAUUGGUGAGACGAAAUUCUAUUACUAGUGAAGAUUCUAGUUCUGAACCACCAAAAUUAAUCAUGGUAUUUUUUAUCGGUGGAUGUACUUUUGCCGAGAUAUCUGCUCUUCGCUUUCUCUCACAGCAAGAAGAUUUGAAUGUUGAAUUCGUCGUGGGCACUACUAGAUUAAUUAAUGGCGACACGUUUCUCACUUCGUUGAUGGAAGAUUUAGAACACACGUGAACAGGAGAACGCAUAAACUGAAAUACCAAAAUAGGAGCAUUUAAUAAUUUUCACGUGGUAAAGCGAAAUUCGUGUAAAUAUAUUUUUCUUCCCUGUCUCUUUAUUUUAUAUUUAUCCAAUUAUACACUUAAUUUUUAAAAGGUAAGAUAAUUUUCUAAAAUAUACAUAUUGAUGUAUGCAUUUUAUAUAUAUACAUAUAUAUAUAUACGAAACAAUAUAUACACAGUUGUAAGAUGUAGGUGAUAAAUACUUUUCUAUUUAUAUACAUAUUUUCAUUGUGAAUUAUA